AGGCCUUGGGUUCCUUGGGUGCUCAAGUGUAUCCUUGGAAGUAUCGUAUGCCAUGGUACUAGCAGUCUGAGUUUUAUGCAGCUUCAUUCACUCAUGACUGCUCAUUUCUCGUGAAGCUACGUGAGGAGAAUUUUCUCUUUCCAACUCCUUUUCUGACUCCCAAAACUAUCUCUUUCUCUCUCUCUCUCUAUCAAUUCUCUCGGGGACACAGUAAAACACCUGGUCCGUGAACCCUGUACCAUUACAUUGUACACUUCUUUCCUCUCCUCUCUUUUUUGAAGUUUUGCUGCUGUGCUUUGUGCAUUGCUGUUACUUGUUGGUGUUUCAUGUGGAACCCAUGUUCUAUGAUAGACCCCCUUUUUUCUAGUUCUUUUGUUUGUUUGAGUUUGUUGGCUUCUGCGAGGUUUUUUUUUUUUUUUUUGAUAUGGGAUUUUUUUUUUUUUUUUACGAGUUUUAGUGGUUGAAUCCUUGAUUGCCAUGCUUUUUCCCUAAAUUGAGGGAUUGGUGUGCUGUGAAGUGCUUCGGUUUCAAGAAAUCUGAAGUGGGUUUUGUUCAGAAACUGAUGAAGUGAUUUGGGGUCUGGGGUUUGGGGUUCAUGGGCAUUUUCUUGGUGAAUGAGUGCCUUUGAUGGUUUUCACAGGAAGCUCUGAAUCUCUUUGUACAGUUGCUACCAUAAAUCUGUGAUUCUUGAAGAAGAAGUGGGUGUUUGUUCAGGAUAUUUCCUCCAAAUCCUGAGAUUUUUUGUUCUCUCUCCAGAAACGGUUGAGGGGAGGACAAUCACUGAAAGGAAAGGUGGGUUUUCAUCAGACAUUUUUUGUUGAGGGAAAGUACAGAAGAUUCAGUCUUGCAGUCACUGGGUUUUGCGGCCUUCUGGUUGGGGUUCUGGGGGUUUGGGUAAGAAAGAAACUAUAGUUCAUUGGAGAGGCAUUUCACCAGCAAAAGAAGACAACCCCAUGAUGGCAUUUGUAUGCCUGUUGUCUCUUGUGCUAAUGGGGUCUCUGUCAAUUUCACAAGUUGUGGAUGCUCAGCUUCAUGAUCAAGCCACAUUGUUAGCAAUUAACAAAGAGCUUGGAGUACCUGGGUGGGAUGUCAACAACUCAGACUACUGCUCUUGGCGAGGCAUUGGUUGUGCAGCGGACGAGUUGAUUGUGGAGAGGCUUGAUCUUUCUCACCGUGGCCUCCGAGGUAACUUGACUCUCAUUUCUGGGCUCAAAUCUCUGAAGUCGCUUGACCUUUCUGAUAAUAAUUUCCAUGGAUCAAUUCCUUCAAUUUUUGGGAAUUUAUCCGAGCUUGUGUUUCUGGAUUUAUCUUGGAAUAAGUUUGGCAACUCAAUUCCUAUAGAGUUGGGUAGCCUCAGGAACCUUAGAUCAUUGAACCUUUCCAAUAACUUGCUCAUAGGAGAAAUACCUGACGAACUUCAGAGCCUAGAAAAACUGCAGGAGUUUCAAAUAUCUGGCAAUAAAUUCAAUGGUUCUAUCCCAAUUUGGGUGGGGAACUUGACCAAUCUGAGAGUUUUCACAGCCUAUGAGAAUGAAUUAGCUGGUAAAAUUCCAGAUAAUCUGGGGUCCCAUUCAGAACUUCAGCUGUUGAACCUUCACUCCAACCAGCUUGAAGGGGCGAUACCAGAUACCAUUUUUGCUUCAGGGAAGCUGGAAGUUUUGGUUCUGACACAGAAUGAAUUAACUGGCAAUCUACCUGAAUUGGUUGGGAAAUGCAAGGGUCUUUCAAAUAUCCGGAUUGGUAAUAACAAUCUUAUAGGAAACAUUCCAAGGUCAAUUGGCAAUGUUAGCAGCCUUACUUACUUUGAAGCAGAUAAUAACAAUCUCUCUGGUGAGAUUGUCCCAGAGUUUGCUCAGUGCUCUAAUCUCACUCUCUUGAAUUUAGCCUCAAAUGGGUUCACAGGAAUGAUCCCUCCAGGACUUGGGCAGCUCACAAAUUUGCAGGAACUGAUUGUCUCCGGUAACAGUCUGUUUGGAGAUAUUCCGGAAUCAAUUCUUAGGUGCAAGAAUCUGAACAAGCUUGACCUGAGCAAUAACAGAUUCAAUGGCACAAUUCCUGGAGAUCUCUGCAACACAUCGAGACUGCAGUAUCUGCUGUUGAGUCAGAAUUCAAUAAGAGGGGAGAUACCUCAUGAGAUUGGGAAUUGUGUAAAACUGCUUGAAUUGCAAAUGGGCAGUAACUAUCUAACUGGAAGUAUCCCUCCUGAGAUUGGUCACAUCAAGAACUUACAGAUAGCCUUGAAUUUGAGCUUCAAUCAUCUCCAUGGACUGUUGCCCCUUGAAUUAGGGAAGCUUGACAAGUUGGUUUCUUUGGAUCUAUCUAAUAAUCAGCUCUCUGGGAAUAUUCCAUCUGCACUGAAGGGUAUGCUGAGUUUGAUAGAGGUUAAUUUCUCGAAUAAUUUAUUCACUGGCCCAGUUCCCACCUUUGUACCAUUUCAAAAGAGCCCGAAUUCCAGCUUUUUGGGGAAUAAAGGGCUAUGUGGUGAGCCAUUGAGUUCUUCCUGUGGGACUAAUGGUUCUGAUCACGAGAGCUACCAUCACAAGGUUUCUUACAGGAUUAUUUUAGCCGUUAUUGGUUCUGGCUUGGCUGUUUUUGUAUCAGUGACGGUAGUUGUUUUGCUGUUCAUGAUGAGGGAGAGACAAGAAAAAGCUGCCAAAGCAGGAGGUGUUGCAGAUGAUGGAAUUAACAACCGGGCAGUGAUAAUAGCUGGGAAUGUGUUUGUUGAUAAUCUCAGACAGGCAAUAGACUUUGAUGCUGUGGUUAAGGCUACACUAAAGGAUUCAAAUAAGCUUAACAGCGGGACUUUUAGCACUGUCUACAAGGCAGUUAUGCCUUCUGGGCUGAUUCUAUCAGUGAAGAGUCUGAGAUCAAUGGAUCGAACCAUCAUUCAUCACCAGAACAAGAUGAUUAGAGAGCUUGAAAGGCUGAGCAAACUCUGUCAUGAUAACCUAAUGAGACCUAUUGGAUUUGUAAUCUAUGAAGAUGUUGCUCUCUUGUUACAUAAUUACUUACCCAAUGGGACAUUAGCUCAGUUUCUUCAUGAUCCAACAAAGAUAUCAGAAUAUGAACCUGACUGGCCUACAAGACUCAACAUUGCUACUGGAGUAGCAGAAGGGUUGGCUUUCCUUCAUCAUGUGGCAAUUAUUCAUCUUGACAUCUCUUCGGGAAACAUACUUCUAGAUGCUGAUUUCAAGCCUUUGGUGGGAGAGAUUGAGAUAUCAAAACUCCUAGAUCCAUCCAAAGGCACUGCAAGUAUCAGUGCAGUUGCAGGUUCAUUUGGUUACAUUCCUCCAGAAUAUGCAUAUACUAUGCAAGUUACAGCACCUGGAAACGUAUAUAGCUAUGGGGUUGUUCUGCUUGAGAUCCUUACUACCCGACUACCGGUUGAUGAGGCUUUUGGUGAAGGAAUAGAUUUGGUGAAGUGGGUUCACACUGCUCCAGCAAGAGGGGAAACACCAGAGCAGAUACUGGAUGCAAGGCUUAGCACGGUCUCAUUCGCUUGGAGGAAAGAAAUGCUUUCUGCCCUUAAGGUUGCCUUACUCUGUACCGACAACACUCCUGCCAAACGGCCUAAAAUGAAAAAGGUGGUGGAAAUGCUCCAAGAAAUAAAGCAAAACUGAAGUCAUUUGCAUUUUCGACAUCCUCUUGAGUCCAUGAAUGCAAGAAUCCAGUAGUCAGGAAGUUCUCCCGUCUUCAAGAAAUGGAGGCAAAAUUUUAUAUGUUCAACUUAACUAUGAGUUCAAAAUGCCAUCCAAGAGGGAGAAGGCAGUGGGCUCAUGUCCAUCUUGUUCUGUACCAAAGCCUUAGGAUAAAUGGCAGUUGCAAUGCAUUUGAGUUGGAAAUAGAGGUUGUGUUGGGUAAAAUGCAAGAAGGGUCGGCCAAUAAGAAAGGAUUACAUCACACUUUUGAGUUUCUGUCUUUAUUAGACCUGCAAUUGUAUUAUUGAGGGUUUUGGUUUCAAGGUAUUUAUAUGUGGAAGAGAUGCUUGUGAAUGUUCAUUUAAUAUAUAUCCGAGUCUCUGAAAACCAACUGGGUUAGUUGAGGAA